CAUUAUACGUCAUUGCCUUUCGGGCUGAGGAAGUGGUCAUUUUAUUUUAUCCAGCUACAGCUGAAAAGAUGUCCGCCUCUGCGAAUGAGAACGCCGUCCGUCUGAAUAAGUUCAAAAACAAGGGGAAGGAUGCGAACGAGCUGAGACGCAGGCGGAUCGAGGUGAACGUGGAGCUCCGGAAGGCAAAGAAGGACGAACAGAUCUUCAAGAGGAGGAACGUGAGCAGCUUUCCGGAUGAGGCCACCUCACCGCUCCAGGAAAAGAACCAGAACGCCCAGCCUGCUCAGCACUGGACGGUGGAAGAAAUAGUCUGUGGUGUGAACAGCAAUAACCCUGAUGUCCAGCUGCAAGCCACACAGGCUGCGAGAAAGCUACUCUCACGAGAGAGACAUCCUCCCAUUGACCGCAUCAUCAGUGCUGGGCUGAUCAGCAAGUUUGUGAGCUUUCUGAGUGUGGGGGAGUGUCCCCCCAUUCAGUUUGAAUCUGCCUGGGCUUUGACCAACAUUGCCUCUGGGACCUCAGAGCAGACCAGGGCAGUAGUAGAUGGGGGAGCCAUCCCAGCCUUCAUCAAGCUGAUCACAUCCCCACAUCCCCAUGUGAGCGAACAGGCUGUCUGGGCCCUUGGAAAUAUUGCAGGUGAUGGGUCUGCCUACAGAGACAAGGUUAUCAAGCAUGGAGCCAUCGAGCCCCUCCUUAUUUUGCUGGCGGUCCCAGAUCUUACUGUGUUUCCUUCUGGUUACCUGCGAAACAUUGCCUGGACCUUAUCCAACCUUUGCCGCAACAAAAACCCGGCUCCCCCUCUGACAGCAGUGCAACAGAUGCUUCCUGCGCUGGUGCGCUUGUUGCAUCACGAAGAUAUGGAGGUGCAGGCAGACACGUGUUGGGCUGUGUCCUACCUGACAGAUGGCCCUAAUGAGCGUAUUGAGGUGGUGGUGCAGGCUGGCUUGACUCCCCGCCUGGUGCAGCUACUGGCCUCUGGGGAACUUUCAAUAGUGACUCCAUCCCUGCGGGCCAUUGGAAACAUAGUCACUGGCACUGAUGACCAGACCCAGUGUGUACUGGAUGCUGGUGCACUGGUGAUGUUCCCUGGUCUACUCCGUCAUCAUAAAAACAACAUCCAAAAGGAGGCUGCCUGGACCUUGUCAAACAUCACUGCAGGGAAAGACACACAGAUUCAAGAGGUCGUCAAUGCUGGGCUUGUGCCCUUGCUGGUAGAAGUCCUUCGGCAGGGUGACUACAAGACACAAAAAGAAGCAGUGUGGGCAAUAACAAAUUUCACCAGUGGGGGCACUGUUGAGCAAGUGGUGUACCUUGUUCAGUCCAAUGUGCUGGAACCACUGCUGAACCUGCUGUCUACCAAGGACAGCAAAACAAUCCUGGUCAUUCUGGAUGCCAUCUGUAACAUUUUCCUGGCUGGAGAAAAGAUUGGUGAGGUGGACAAGCUCUCCCUAAUGAUCGAAGAAUGCGGGGGCCUGGACAAGAUUGAAGCAUUGCAGUCCCAUGAAAAUGAGAUGGUAUACAAGGCAUCUCUCAACCUGAUUGAGAAGUACUUCUCUGGCGAGGAAGAGGACGAUGAUUGUGUGGCCCCGGAAUCUACAGCUGAUGGUUAUGCAUUCCAGAUUUCAGAGAACCAAAGCACUUUCAACUUUUAAAUUCCUUUUCUAUGUCCUUGUUUGGUCUUUAUGUGGUGCAUUUUCUCCUUCAAAAGUGUACAUAACUGAAAAGUCUGCCUUUAACUACUGUAAGCUUUGUAAAUAAAAUGCUGAAAGUGGG